CCUGCCACCGCCACUUCUCUGCAGGGUGACCUUGGCCUCCGACCCCGAGACGAGACCAUGUCUUCUUCCGUCAGCCGUCGGGUGGCGCUAGUGACCGGGGGCAACAGGGGCAUCGGCUUGGCCAUCGUGCGCGCCCUGGGGCGCCGGUUCUCCGGGACGGUGAUCCUGACCGCCCGGGACCCGGGCCAGGGCCAGGCGGUCGUGCAGGUGCUGAAGGAGGAGGGCCUCAGCCCGCUCUUCCACCAACUGGACAUCACCGACCCGCAGAGCGUCCGCACGCUCAGGGACUACCUCCUGGACACCUUUGGGGGCCUGGACGUGCUGGUCAACAACGCGGGCAUCGCCUUCAAAGUAAACGACCAGACUCCCUUCGGCAUCCAGGCGGAGGUGACGAUGAAAACCAACUUCUUUGGCACUAAGGAUGUCUGCAGUGUGCUCCUGCCACUGAUAAAGCCCCAAGGCCGAGUGGUGAACGUGUCGAGCUCAGUGAGCGUCAGGGCCCUGGGGAAGUGCAGCCCGGAGCUCCAGCGGGCCUUCCGCAGCGACACCAUCACGGAAGAGGAGCUGGAGGGGCUCAUGAGGAAGUUCGUGGAGGACGCCAAGAACGGGGUGCACGAGCAGCGGGGCUGGCCCAACACCGCGUACGGGGUGACCAAGAUCGGCGUCACGGUCCUGUCCCGGAUCCACGCCCGCAGGCUGGCGGAGGAGAGGAGAGGGGACAAGAUCCUGCUGAACGCCUGCUGCCCGGGGUGGGUCAGGACCGACAUGGCGGGGCCUAAGGCUACCAAGAGCCCGGAGGAAGGGGCCGAGACCCCGACCUACCUGGCCCUCCUGCCCGCCGACGCCACUGAGCCUCACGGUCAGUUCGUCAGUGAGAAAACGGUUCAACCCUGGUGACCCGAGUCGGGGACUCCGUCCCCACAGGCCCAGGCAGCGGCCCGGUUCCCUGAAUCCUCGAGAUUCCCCGUUCCCAAGGCCGUUAGAAGGCCGGAGCGAGCUACAGAUCCGUAGCGUAGUUCCACCGCCCGCUUGGUAGAGUUCUCUUUCACUGUCGGCUAACAAAGGCACCCUAUUCGGCAUGCUGGAAUGCCUCAAAUAAAAGAAAUUGAGAAGCUGC